AUGAAAAGGGGGGAGAUUAGGGGCUGGCGAUUUAUUUCAUCUUAUCACACGAGUAGAAGGGGGGUAUUACUUUACAUGCUUGGAUGGGGUGCCUCGGAGAGGCGUGUCACGAGCAGCAAGGAGCUGCGCGAUGUUGAAAUGUACGUUUACACACUUCCUGCCGGGCUGUUGGGCCGUUACAUUGGUCGAGCUUUGCGGUUUCGCGUGGAGCGGUUUGCGUACGAUAUUGACGCGGCCAACCGGUCACUGAAACGCGUCGAGGUGGAGGCCGACUCUCUUUUGCCCCAGUGUGAGGUGGAUCGCUGCAAAUUUGAAAGGCUUUUGUUGAAUUUUUCGGAGGUGGAGCGUCUGUCAAGACGCGUACGCAGUUAUGUUCUUGAUGCCCCACGCUACCCGCGCAUCUUCUACGAUGUGGAACAGGAGACGAAAGAUCAUAUCGAUGGCUCCUUGCAGCUUCACGGUGAGACACAUCCGGUGCGAUGCAGCAAGACGAUGGAGGGGCCGGAGCUUGUGGUGCGUUGCCCGAUUGACAGUCGGGCGUUUAAUGUGCCGCGCUACUCUAUUUUGUUUGGGCUUUUUAGUGUCUCGCAGCAUGUGGAGGUGGAGACGCGUUUACCGCUCAAAGCAAUGAAUUUGUGA